UGAGCCCAACCCCGUCCCCGUGCGACGCGACACGAGCCACGCGAGCCCCCUCCUCAUCGCACUUCCUCCUCACCGCGGGGACCCUCCUCGUCUCUCCUCCCCCCUCCAGAUCGAACCGAGACUCCGAGAGAGAUUAGGCAGCCGCCGCACGCCACCACCGCCGUCGCGCGAGGAGCUACCGGAAGCGCCGCCCCGGAGGAGGAGGAGGAGGAGAGAGCGGAGGAGGGAGAGAGGGGGAUCCGGCGAGAUGGGAGUCCCGGCGUUCUACCGGUGGCUGGCGGACCGGUACCCGCAGACGGUGUCGGACGCGGUGGAGGAGGAGCCCGUGGAGCUCGAGCCCGGCGCCUUCGUCCCCGUCGACCUCCGCCGCCCCAACCCCAACGGCCUCGAGUUCGACAACCUCUACCUCGACAUGAACGGCAUCAUCCACCCCUGCUUCCACCCCGAGGGCCGCCCGGCUCCGACCACCUACGACGAGGUGUUCAAGUCGAUUUUUGCCUACAUUGACCACCUCUUCGGCCUCGUCCGCCCGAGGAAGCUCAUCUACAUGGCCAUCGAUGGCGUCGCGCCAAGGGCGAAGAUGAAUCAGCAGAGGUCUAGACGUUUCCGGGCUGCUAAGGAUGCGGCUGACGCGGCAGCUGAGGAGGAAAGGUUGAGGAAGGAAUUUGAGGCUGAAGGCAGGACUUUGGUUGCGAAGGAGAAGUCGGAAGCGAUUGACUCAAAUGUCAUAACUCCUGGGACACCAUUCAUGUUUGUACUCUCUUCGGCGCUUCAAUACUACAUACAGCUGAGAUUGAACCACACACCUGGGUGGCAAUCUGUCAAGGUAAUGCUUUCUGAUUCGAACGUCCCUGGGGAGGGAGAACACAAGAUUAUGUCAUACAUCCGCCUGCAGCGCAAUCUCCCAGGAUUUGACCCAAAUACACGCCAUUGUUUAUAUGGCCUUGAUGCUGAUUUGAUCAUGCUUUCUCUGGCUACUCAUGAGGUCCACUUCUCCAUUUUAAGAGAGGUGAUUACCAUGCCAGGGCAACAUGAAAAAUGCUUUCUCUGUGGUCAAGUUGGUCACUUGGCUGCUGAAUGCAGAGGAUCUGGUCAGGCUGAUAAGACCGUGGAGCUCCCUCCUAUCCAUAAGAAGAAGUAUCAGUUUCUUAACAUCUGGGUUCUGCGUGAAUACCUGGAGAAGGAUUUGGAAAUUGUUGAUCCCCCCUUCAAGAUAAACUUUGAGCGUGUUGUGGAUGAUUUUGUUUUCAUGUGUUUCUUUGUUGGGAAUGACUUUCUGCCUCACAUGCCAACUUUGGAGAUCCGCGAGGGUGCCAUUAAUCUUCUCAUGAAUAUAUAUAGAAGGGAGUUCACAUCAAUGGGUGGUUACCUCACCGAUGGGGGUGAGGUUUUGUUGGAUCGAGUGGAGCAUUUCAUUCAAUCUGUUGCUGUCCAUGAAGAGCAAAUUUUCCAGAAGCGUGCACGCAUUCAGAAGGCUAUCCAGAACAAUGAGGAGAGGAAUAGAGUGCAGACAGAGAACUCUGAGGAUAAUCAAUAUGUGGACAAGGUAAAAUUAGGAGAACCAGGAUACAGGGUGAGAUACUACGCUGAGAAGUUUAAAGAAGAGGCAGAACUAAAACCCAUUGAUCAAGUUCAGAGAGAUGUUGUCCAGAAAUAUGUGGAAGGUCUUUGCUGGGUUAUGAGAUACUACUAUCAAGGUGUUUGCUCAUGGCAGUGGUUUUAUCCAUACCAUUAUGCACCUUUUGCAUCAGACCUGAAAUGCUUGGCUGAAUUGGAGAUUACAUUUUUCUUGGGUCAACCUUUCAAGCCAUUUGAUCAACUAAUGGGAACACUACCAGCUGCUAGUUCCAAUGCGUUGCCAAAGUACUAUGGGGAUUUGAUGAAUGAUCCUAAUUCACCGUUGAAGUCUUUCUAUCCCAAAGAUUUUGAGAUAGACAUGAACGGCAAACGUUUUGCAUGGCAGGGUAUUGCAAAAUUGCCUUUUAUCGAUGAAAGGCGUCUGCUUGCGGAGACGCAGAAGCUUGAAGAAACAUUGACAGAUGAAGAGAGAUUCAGGAAUAGGACAAUGUUUGACAUCCUUUACGUGCGGGAAACUCAUCCAUUGGCCGCUCAAAUUGCAUUUCUAUAUCAGAUGUGCUCUCAAUCACCAAAUGCUUCCUAUAUAAUUCCCAUUGACCCUGCUGCUAGUGGUGGAAUGAACGGAUUUCUUUGUUUAUCUGAAAGGAACUGUUACAGCAUCGUGGUAACAUCUCCAGUUAAGGGGUUCAAUGGCAUCGCCCAGAACAGAGUUCUGAAUGCAACCUACCUUAACCCUCAGUAUCACAAACACAUUCCUGAGCCUCCGGAAGGUGUCAUCAUACCUGCAAAGAUAUUGAAGCCUAGUGAUUUCAAACCCUUUCCUAUUUUGUGGCAUGAAGAUAAUAGUCGGCGUCAGCCAAGAGAAAGGCCUCAGGUUUCUGGAGCUCUGUCAGGCUCUGUCUUAGGAGAGGCUGCACAUCGCCUGGUGAAAAACUCACUGCAGAUAAAAUCCGGCUACUCUGCUGGGCUGCUUGACAUGCCAUACAGGGGUGCCCCCUAUGGUCCUGGAAACAGACCUAGGCCUGCUGGACCAUUGGGAUAUGAGAGAGGUUUUGUUGAAAAUUCAUACAAUGGACACAUGUCCAGAAGCGUUCCAAAUUCUCAUCCUCAGUUCUUCGGCGACGCUCAAGCCAACAGACAGAAUGUGAGGAUACUGGAACGACCAAACUAUCGAAACAACGACAGUGCCAUCCAUUCAGGGAUGUCGCAACUAACAAUCCAAGAUGGCCCAAGGAUGCAUCAAAACAACAGGAUGCAGAACUCCGGAUUUUCACCUAAUCAGCCACAUCCCAAUCAGUAUGCAGGAUUCCCACCCCAGCGUCCCAUGCAGAACUCCGGUUUUACGCCACAGCGACCUGCACAAUAUUCAGGAUUUCCACACCAGAGGCCUGUCCAAAUAGGACUUCAACAUCAGCCAGCAGUAAAUGGGAUUCAACCACCGUUACCCCCCAGUGCAUGGAUUGGCAGGCCAAUAAGUGGAGUCCCAGCAGGAGUACCUGCCAAGCAGGAUCCUAGGAUGGCCAUGGAUAGGCAGCCCAAACAAGAUAACUCGAGAUCACAGCAUGACAAGAGACAGCAGGCUACUAAGGUAGUAUACCGUGUCAAAGGUCAAGGUCCCAAUGGCCUGAGUGAGGCCUCUCUUUCCCGCGACCACCACCUCACUCUGGCGCCAGCGCCACGCGUCGACUCCUCAUUGGCUCCCACCUCCUUCCCCUCCUCCUCCUCCGCUUUAUUCCCACCUCUCCCAUCGCCUCUCUCGCUUUCCCCUUCUCUCCUCUCGCUUUCCUCUCCUCUCCCAUCCCAAACCCCCCCACCUCGAGCUCUAGGGUUUCGCGGAUCGAGGGGCGCCGCGGCUAGGGUUUGGGUGGGGGGUGCCUGCGCGAUGGCCGCUCCGGCGGCGGAGUCGGCGGUGGUGGGGGUGGGGGUGGAUUCGGCGACGAGCGCGGCGGUGAGGGAUGGCUUCGCGGAGCUGGAGCGGCAGCAGCAGCUGCUUGCGACCUGCACGCGCCUGUACCAGCAGCUCACGGAGCACUUCGGCUCGCUGGAGCGCCGUCUCGCCGCGCGCUCCGAGACGCUCCGCACCAAGCGCCGCUUCCUCGACGUGCGCACCUCCCGCAGGCUCGAGGCGCUCCGCCGCCGGGAGGCCUCCAUCGACGGCUCCGUCUCGCUCGCGCUCUCCCGGCUCGAUUCCCUCGCCAAGGGCGACGCGGGGACGACCGGCUCCGCCUCCGCCGACGCCGCUGGAAUCGCCGAGGGGCUCAGGUCGCUCUGCGCCAGCAUGGACUCGGCCGGGUUCUUCACCUUCGUGGUCGCGAGGCGCAAGGAGGUGGACGCGCUCCGCGCCGAGCUCCCCGACGCGCUCAAGCGCUGCGUCGAUCCGGCGAGGUUCGCCAUGGACGCGGUCUCCGAGGUGUUCCCCAUCGACAAGCGGGCGGUGAGGUCCCCCACCGACCUGGCGUGGGCGUGCGUGCUCAUCCUGGAGGCGGUGGUGCCGUCGCUGGCCGAUCCGGACCCGGAGAUCGGGGCGGCGCGCCCCAUGGUGCCGCAGGCGGCGCGCGAGAGGGCGCGCGGGAUGGCGAGGGAGUGGAAGGACGCGGCCGAGAAGAAGGGCGGGGUGGAGGGCGCCAAGCCACCGGAUGCGCACGCGUUCCUGCAGCACGUCGCGACAUUCGCAGUCGCAGAGAAGGAGGACAAGGAGCUCUACAGGAGGAUCGUCGUGAGCUUCUCGUGGCGGAGGCAGAUGCCGCGUCUCGCUAUCACACUCGGCCUCGAGGAUGAGAUGGAUGAUAUCAUUGAAGAGCUUAUCACUAAGGGGCAGCAACUUGAUGCUGUGAACUUUGCAUAUGAGGCUGGUCUUCAGGAAAAAUUCCCCCCAGCCCCUCUUUUAAAAGCCUACCUUGAAGAUUCAAAGAAGAUACCCUCAAAUUCAGAUAACCUGAGUACUAGCACUGGCCAAUCUGGGAGCAAUGCCAAUAAGAAGGAGCAGUCUGCACUGCGGGCUGUUAUAAAGUGUGUUGAGGACCACAAACUCGAAGCUGAGUUUCCAUUGGAGGAUCUCCGUGAGCGGCUGGAAGAACUGGAGAAGGCCAAGACCGAGAAGAAAAAGGCGGCAUCAAGCAGUUCCAGCGGUGGUAGCUCUGGUCCAGCCAACAAGCGCAUCCGGGCAAGCACCGGAGGACCGAUGCCCCCUGCCAAGGCAGGCCGUCUCACCGACUACACCGGUACACCGUCUUCGCCUGCCACCACCACGACCAAUGCCACAUUCAUUCGCUCCCCGUCCCAUGCCUCCUACGGUACAGCAUCUCCUUACUCUUAUGAUAGGCCAGCUGCACACCCCCUCUACUGUGGCCAGAACACACUGGCAAUGAGGGAGCCCUAUGCAUACCACCACCCAUCUGAGGUAUCCAGCGUCGGCCUCGGCAUGUCAUACCCAUCCCCUCCCAUAACCUACCCGGCCUAUGCUGGAUACAGCAAUGGAAUCGGCUACAGCAAUGCAAUGGCCCCAGCCUUUCACCACCAGGCUUACUACCGGUAGGAUCAGUCGAAGCCGAUGAAAUGACAAUGAGCUGAAUCGCUGAUGGUGGCAGGGCGGCUCGCCACCAUGGCCAUGUUUUGUAGUGACUGACUACAACGGUAGGUGGGUGGGGGCGUGUGUUCCUUAAUACUAGAAGAUGCUUGUGUUGGUUAGUUCUCCCCGUUAUUAGCUGCUCUCGCUACUUCGCACUGAAGAAACUGAAUGUAAAUUAUGGACGUGUUGUCCCUGGACCCUCGUCGUCAUCUUGUGUUGUAAUUCAGUCUAAACCACUCUAAAACCCACAAAAAAAAAUCCGGCAUGUAAUCUUCAAGCACUGAACUAUCUCGGCUUAAUUAAUGACUAUCUUAUGUUAGUUAUA